ACGAUUGGAUUUAGAUUCGUGCGUGUAAUAAAAUCUUUUUCUUUGAAAUCCUACUUAUUUUAAAACAUUGCAAAGAUGCAAAGAUAAAAAUCGGCACAAUUAACAGUUUUUGUGGAAUAAAAAAGUUAUCUUGUUUCAUAUGGUAUUCGUGUUUGUGUUUUUUACUAAAUAUAAAAUGGUAUUUACAAAAAAAAGUGAAGCAAAUGAACGGGAUACUUGAAAAACACGUCGUUUAAAGUAAUUGCGAGCUUAAAAUCGAUCUAGGAAGAGAGUUUUCUAAAUAGUGAAGAAAUUACAUGGGAAUACAAAGUGAGAGUGGUUUUCCUCGCCUUAAUUUCUUAUCACGCAGUAAAAAAAAGCAAAAACCACUGCAGAAAGGCAAUGAAAAGUUUAGCUGUGUGAUUUAACACGGGGGGAGGCUAAUGCAAAGGGGCCACGAUAUAUUUGGCGACGACGUUGUCGAGGAACAUGCAAGUGUAGUAGAAUUUCAGUUGAAUGUUCGCUCCCGUGUUGUUGAAUCAUUUUCGUCGUAUGAAAUUUAUUAAAAUCAAGAAAAUUUACUGCAAAGUUGUUGUGCUGUGUUUCUUUAAGGCGAAGUAAUUAAAAAAAAAAGAAAUAAAAAAUCGAAUAACUGGCGGUAUAAAAAUAAUAGUUCAACAUUUGGAAAGGAAAUCAUAUGAAAGUGAACGAAGUCAUAUAUUAAGGAUAAUAUCCUACACAGAAGCCCCAAUAUUCACAUUCUUUCGUCUUUUCCCCAAUGCCAAUGUGUUGUGUGUCUUUCGUAUCUGUUAUCUGUGAUGGAUGAGAAGGAAUCGAUGUUCAUCACGUUGUUGUUAUUGUUUUAGUAGCAUACGAAAAGCAUAAAAUCAAACCUGCUUGCUUCUCUCUCUUCGUUCGUUUGUACGCGAGUGUUUGCAAUUCCAACUUUCAAUAAUGGAAACAUUACUUAAAUGGUUAAAUAAGCCCAAGGCGGAUGAUAAAUCUCUGUUGGCGCGAUUUUUUCAUGCCGAUCGUGCCCUGGCUGCUGUCGCCAGCGAAUUGGAUAGCUUCGAUGGCAGAGCUGAACCCGAUCGAUGUUCUCGUCUGGUAUCCCGGCUACGUCAAGGACAGGACAAAGUUUUGGCCAUAACGAAUUUGAUAAUCGAGGAACUGCUGGGGGAUGAACGCGAUCCAAGGGCCUUUCGGGCCAAAUUUCCCGAAGAAGUUUUGCAGGAAAAUUUGGCUGGCCAGUUGUGGUUUGGGGCCGAGUGUCUUGCCGCCGGUUCAUCCAUUAUGAAUCGCGAACAAGAGAGCAAGGAAAUGCGGCCCCUGGCCGAAGCUGUCACCCGCAGUCUGAACAAUGUGCGCUAUUUGCUGCGCGACCAAUGCCUACGCAACAAUGUGCCCAACAGUGAACGUUUAAACCUUGACAAAAACGAUGCUGCCACCGAACAAUUGUACGAAAGUUUAAAACGUUUCGAUCGCUUGUUUGCCGAAUUCGAAUGGCGCUAUGUCAGCGCCAUGGUGCAGGUGAAAUCAAAGGAGGAAUAUGAAAUGCAAGAGCUGAUAUGUGUUCUAUGUUCGGAGACUUUGCAAAGAGCUUUAAAACUUGGCCUUUUGGAGCAGGAUAAAGUUGAUGCAUUCGAUCCAGCGCUGAUGUUCUCAAUACCUCGACUGGCCAUUGUUUCGGGAUUGGUAAUAUAUCCGGAUGGCCCAUUAGAUAUGGAUAUGCCAGCAGAACAACUAUCCGAAAUGUUUAGACCAUUUCGCAGUAUUUUGAUCAAAGUCCGAGAGUAUUUGAGAAAUCUGAAUGAGACGGAGCUUUACUAUUUGGAACGUUUAUUGUGUACAAAUGAAGAAAUAAGUCUAAAGGACACAUUAAAGGCGAAAGAUUCUGCAACGCAAACGGACAAUAACAAUGGCAAGAGUAGCAAAUAUUCUGAUGUUCCAGACAGUGAGCGAAUAGACAAGAAUGAGUCGACUGCACCAGCAGCAGCAUCAACAACAGCUGCUGUUGUUAGAAACAAUACUACCUCCAAACUGCAACAACAAAAGUUAAGUAAACUAUACAAGACAAAAUGCACCAGAAGGGCUGACAGUCCUUCGCCUGCACCGUCCACAAGUAGUUCAUCCGACGAGUGUUCACCUUGUACAACGCCCAUUUCGUCAACGCCUUCAUCUCCUAGAUCCACACAUUCGAUGGCCUCAACCACAACGGCUGAGGAGACAAAUGGCACAACUUCGCCAGACAGUUGGAUUGAGGAUGAAGAAGAAAUUGCCCUGGAAGAUGAUGCGGAAAUCGAUGAGGAUGGGGAGGACGUGAAUGAUGAAGACAACAAAGAACCACACCACCGCCACCGCCAUCGUCACCACAAUGUGGCCCAUUAUGCCGAUGAUGAUGAUUCGGAUGUAGACAAUGACAACAACGAUUUGUAUGGAUUGAAUAAUGUUGUGGAUCAUCAAGUUAUUAAUUUGGAAAUAGCCUCGGCCGAUUGUGCUACUGGAUAUUUAAUGUCAAAUACCACCUUGGGCAAUCUUUUACAGCCACAAGAGGUACCCCUAACGGAUAAUUUUGUGGUUAGUGAUACAGAUCUGCCGGCACAAGACGAUGAUGACGAUGAAGACGCUGAUGCUGGCGAGUGUAAUGACAACAUGGCUGCUGAAAUGCCCACAACAAGCGCAAAAGCACAAAAUUGUGAAGAACACGAUGUGGAUCCGCAAAGAACAGAAGAAGAACAGAAUGAGCGGCAGGAGCAUAUUGAACGAGCAAACCAAGACAACAACAACUCGAUAGCUACCACUGCUAGUUUAAGUUUACACGACUCUGAAAUUUCCUUAUCUCUACGCAGUUCCAUCAACAAUUCGUCCAAUGCAAACCAUUCGCGUCGUAGACGUUUUAAUGCUUUGCAGCAGACGUGCAAUAAAGAUCUUCAACAAGCCCAACACCGUCACCAUCAUCAUCACCAUCAUCAGCGUCAUCAUCAUCAUCAUCAUCAUCACAGCUCAACGACCACAUCGUCAUCAUCAAGUACGCGCAAGCACAACUCUGGCCAAAGUCAUCAUCACACCUCGUCGACGUCGUCUCAUUGUGCGUCGUCUAGACACCAUCGCCUACACCAUCACCAUCGUCGUACACAUCCCCAACGUCAUGGCGGCGAUAAGCGUCAGGAAUCAUUGCAAUGCGAUGACUGUUCCAGCAAUGUCACAAAGGAAGAUACUACUAUAUCGAAUAGUAAAGCUGCAACUUCUUUGGGUUUGGACAUUGAGACACCAUCGUCAUCAUCGUCGUUGCUUGAUGAUAAUAAGACUAUAAUUCGAUCUGGAGGACGUAUUAAGUUUAAAAAUACCGAAAAUCUUCUACAUCGACUAUUUGUUUGUAUUGCCGGAGUGGCCGAUCAACUACAGACAAAUUUUGCAUUUGAUUUACGCCAAAUAUUGCGUAGUGUUUUCCUAAUAAACAUGUCGCCUGCUCAGGAGGAGCUGGACAUACCAGAGAAGCCAAAGGAGAAUGAAUUAUUCGAAUUUAGGGCCUCGGAAAAUGAUGUGAUACAAGAAAGUGCUGGUUCCAGUCAAAGUAUUUAUUCUGCUGAAGAAGUUAAUCCCGAAGGGGAUAAUCAAAGUCAGAAUAGUAAUAGCAGCAGCAGCAGCAACAGUGCUAACAGCAACAAUGGCAACAGUAACAUUAGUAGUAGUAGUAGUAGUAGUGGUGUUGACAACAACAGGGUGUAUAGACACUCCACUGGUAGUACGGCAACACCACCGACAACUUUGGCAGGAACAUCGAACAGUGUGGCCUUGCUGCGCCAACAGAUGGAACGCAGUCGAAGUUUAGAUAAUCAGGAGAUGACAACACACCAACAGCAAACGUUAGUCAUGCAACAGCAACAGCAGCAGCAGCUACUGCAACAGCCACAGACACACCAGCAGCCUCAAAGUCAGACUCCGUUCCGAAAUCGUCAUAAUUCUACGGGGAGCACAACAACGCCUUCAUCUUUGUCAUCAUCGGAAAAUAAUUCGCCUGUAUGCGAACGUUCCACCAACAGUGGCAGUCGUCGCCUUGUGUCUGAGUCGAAUGCAAAUACCACCGUUUCGCAGACACAGUCGUCAACGCCUCCAACGACACGAGCUGUCGUUCAACUAUCACCUCCUGCCUGGAUACCCGAUCAGAAGGCGCCACGUUGUAUGUCUUGUAACACUCCAUUUACUGCAUUUAGACGUCGUCAUCACUGCCGAAAUUGUGGUGGGGUCUUUUGUGGUGUUUGCUCCAACACCUCGGCCCCUCUGCCCAAGUAUGGUCUGACCAAAGCCGUGCGGGUGUGUCGAGCCUGCUAUGUCCACGAGCUGGGUCCAAAUGCGAACCCACCACAAAACCAUCUGCCACCACACAACAACCAACAUCAACAUCAACAUCAACACCACCACCAUCAUCAUCAUUCUCAGUUAGUUAGUCAAGCAACAACCAACAACGAACCCUCUCGAUUGCGUCGUCCUGUAACCACUACUAGAGCUAUUGAUUAGUAGAGCAAAUUUAUUUUAUUUUAUUUUAUGUUUUUCUGGUUGCAUUAAAUUUAUGUAUUAAAAUUAUUGUUUUUAAUGCUAUAUAACAUGUAUGUGCAUACACACAAACACACACACACAUACAGAUGUAUACACAUGGGAACAAGGACAAUGAAUGUGGCUAAAAGUCUUGAAAGACUUGGAAGAUUUUUGUUUUUAGUUUUAGGCUAGCGUCUGAUUUUAAGCUUGACAAAAAAAUCCAAAUCCAGUUUGACUAGCAUGGCUUGGAACAUGUUUUAUUUUGUUUACCUUAUAUUUACUUAUUUCAGUUUGAAACUUUAAGAAGUAUUUUUGAUAUAUAAAUAUAUGAAAUAUAUUUUUAUUUGUCAAAAGAA